AUUAAGAAUACCUAUUAGUAGCCAGAUUGCUGCCGGAUAUCUCUCAUUGCCUGGGCGAUAGUAGCUGGUGCUAAAGUCGACUGGUAGCGUUUUAGUAGCUUAGUAGUGGUGCCCAUCUCUCCAUAUCCGGCUUCACCGGUUACCCGCCUUAGCCCAGACAAGAAGUGAAGAGAGCAAUACAGAGAGAGGGCGCGCGCGGAUGGGGCCGUCCUAAGUAUUACUGUAAGAAAUGGAAGAAAAUAAGAACAGUUACAAAAAAAAAAAAGUUUGAUCCGGCCUGAGAGAAUAAGAUGUUAGCAACGCGCCAUCGCCUGGCGAGAUUGUUCAGAUGGGUUUUCGCAAAUCUCAAAUCAUCUGACAUUGAAAAUCAGCCCAUGCAUUCCAUCAUUAACACUGCUACUUUGUGCAAGCGGCGCUUCGAGAAUACUAGGCCGCCUACUACCCAGCUAAUACUGCGAAGCGCAUUGUUAUCAGGCGACGCCAAAAAGCGCACGGCCGCUUUGGGACUGACGCCUUUUUUGCUUCUUCUUGCGCCGCUUAUCUGGGCGGACGAGGGAGAGAGGUAGAUAUCAGAAUCGUUCUAAAAAAAAUUGACGGCGUCUUUUUAAGACAUGAUGAUGACGAUCGAGACAAACCCCGUGCCUGUAUCCGUAUGACUGACUGCUUUUGCUGCCGACUCCGGUAACUUCCCAAUGUCCGCAGCUGCCGCGGGUUGGGUCCCCCGGUGUUUAACGGACGAGUAUUGGAUAGAAUUGGAACACUCUGAGCCGUUUUUUUGCUCAUUGGCGCUGAUUCGUAUCACGGCACUUUCCAUGGAUCGCUUCUUUCCGUUCUUCCGUCUUUUCUUUCU